AUGUCACCGACGCGUGCUAUGUCUUCCGAGCCGCUCUCUUCCGAGUCGAGCUUCGGCGCGCCUGCCGACACCUUUUCUAAUGUCGCGUCGCUGAGCUCGACUCCGCCCACAGCCGACAGCAUGAGCCUGGCCUCUGAAAGUUCAAAGAUCGACAAUGUUGCAGCAACAAUUGCCACUAUUGAAGAUGCCGCCGAGGCCAUGAUGAUGGACGAACCAUCCGAGGUGGCCGACUCCAUUGUCAUUGCAACCAACACCACCGUUGCUGUGCUUGCACCCACCGAGAACCCCGAGCUUACGCGCCAGAACACCGACAGUGCAACCAGCACCCCCACCACCGAACGUUCGCGACGACACCGCGCCGCAGCUCCCAUUUACAAUCUAGCUCGACUUGCCGGCACAGCCAUCCACGGCAAGCGCCGAUCGAAAGGCGACACUGUUCUCGACCGCAAGAGACGCACCAUCUCCGGAGAUACACUGGUUGGGAGCAGCGAAGGAGGGCAUGCGAGCAGCGAGAAUGUGGACAAGGCCGUUCAGAAGGAAGCGAAGGAUGACAAUGAUGUGUGGAGUAUUCGGUCAUCUUCGCGGAGCGUGAAAUCGCCAAAGGCGAAGUCCGCAGCCAAGAAACAGAAGAAGCAGGAUGUUCCGCCCAGACGGAUUUCGACGCGUGCCUCUGGCCAGGAAGCCGAAACUUUGGCGCAAAAACUGUCCAGUCUGGGCAAGCGGGGCAGAAAGACUUUCGAGAAGGGCAUGUCCAAGAUGUCACGCGAAUUGAGAAGACUGCGGGACACGAACGAAUUCACGGGCAUUGAGACAAAGCCUGUUCUAUACACAACCUGGGUGAAUGGAAAGUUCAUCGACCCGAACGCGGUCGAGGAGGAGGAGGAAGAAGAAGAGGAGGAGGAGGAAGAAGAAGAGGAGGAGAAGGAGGAAGAGGAACAUCCCAGAAAGAAGACCAAGCUUGAAGAGGAGCCCAAGAAGGCCGAGUCGGAGACUCCUGCGCGAGCUCCCUCGGUUUUCACCAAAAGACGACCCAAGAAAUAUCUAGACCGCGGUCUCUACGCGGGUCAGGAUGCGCCCAUGGACAUCUACAAGGGCCUUACUGCCAACGAAAAGAAGAGUCUCGCACAGCUGCCAGAGUUACUGCCCAGUGGCAAGGUCAACACCACUUUGCCGCAACCCAUGUUCAAUGGCUUGCGUUUGCUGAUUCAGGGGAGAGAUUUCAGACUUCCGUUUGAUGUGUGCAACCCCCUCCCGCCCGGACAGCCCAAGCCGGAUGAAUGGAGAAAGAUGACCAAGAAUCGAUUUGUUGGCGAAGCUUCAGCGUACUGGAAGAAGACGCCCCACUUCAAGGACUACCAAUCAAAGUGUGUGUGCGAUCCCGAGGACGGUUGUGGUGAGAGCUGCCAAAAUAGAAUUAUGCUCUACGAGUGUGAUGGCACCAACUGUAAAAUCGGCGAGGAGUUGUGUCAAAACCGCGCUUUCGCCAGGUUGAGUGACCGAACAAAGCUUGGCAACAAGUUCCGCGUCGGUGUCGAGGUCGUCAAAACGCCAGAUCGAGGCCACGGCAUUCGCGCCUGUCGCCCCUUUGAAGCGAACCAAAUCAUUAUGGAGUACACGGGUGAGAUCAUCACCGAAGAGGAGUGCGAUCGCCGCAUGAAUGAGAAGUACAAAGACAACCAGUGUUAUUACCUGAUGUCAUUCGAUCAGAAUAUGAUCAUAGACGCAACGACCGGUAGCAUCGCUCGUUUCGUCAAUCAUUCUUGCCAGCCGAAUUGUCGCAUGGUCAAAUGGAUUGUCUCGGGGCAGCCGCGGAUGGCCCUGUUCGCCGGUGAUCGCGACAUCACGACUGGCGAGGAACUGACAUACGACUACAACUUUGACCCCUUCUCGGCUAAGAACGUGCAGAAGUGUCUCUGUGGUAGCUCCAACUGCCGGGGUGUUCUUGGCCCCAAGCCCAAGGAGGUUAAGCCGCCGAAACCCUCGAAGGAAGAACUGGCAAAGGCCCUUAAGAAAGGCGUGAAGGCCGGCAAGCGGAAGCUCAAGGAGGUUCUCGGCGAUCAAGAUGAGGAUGGCAGCGCGGCGAAGAAGCGCAAAAUCAAGACUCCGACGGGCGUCAAGGGGAAGGGUGUUAAGCACUCCCUAUCCAACGCCAGCCUCAAAGCAGCAGCCAAAGGUGCGGCCACGGUUAUCAAGCGUAGUGUGUCGACAAUCUCGGUCAAUACCAAGGCAGCUCUCGGGACCAAGUCUACCGGUCGGAAGAUCGCGACCGUGAAGAAGACGAAGAGCGUUGUGAGGACGUACGGCAAAGCCAAGGUAGAGCCGAAGCUGUCGGAAACGCCGCGAUCUACCCCGCGAAAGCCGGCUUCCCGCAAGUCGAGCAUGACUAUUGUCGCUGCGGGCGCUGAGAAUGUCAAGCCGCCGACGCAGAGCCCGUCUUCGGCUAGUAGCAAGAAGACGGCAACGCCCACCAAACUUGGCGAUGCAGAGGAGGGCACCCCCGCGUCUCCGUCGCCGAGAAGGGCGGUGGAUCUGUCACGGUCGCCCAACCGGAUCAGACUGGUCAACUCGCCGACUGCAUAA